CUUGCCCUUCGCGGUCCUCUAUUUUUAACCCUCAGUCACUCUUUCACCGUCGUUUGCUCGUUCGUUCGUUCGUUCGUUCUAUACUUCCCCCCAACCCGGAUCUUCCUGUGGAAGACUCCAUCCUGUCGUUUCAUUCCAAUUAUAUAGAAACUUGGUUUCAUUUCUCUUCUAUUUUUUUUUUCACUAUGGCCCCCACAUACACCCAACUGUUCGCCGCUGCGUGCGCUCUCGCGACAACCGCCCAUGCCGUGACCCCCAUCGAGGUCCAGGGCAAGGACUUUGUCAACAGCAAGACCGGUGAUCGCUUCCAGAUCUUGGGAGUUGACUACCAGCCCGGUGGCUCCUCCGGCUUCAGCACCACUCAGGAUCCCCUGACUGACGCCGAUGCCUGCUUGCGCGACGCUGCCCUCAUGCAGGGCCUGGGUGUCAACACCAUCCGUGUGUACAACCUGUCGCCCGACGUCGACCACAGCAAGUGCGCCUCCAUCUUCAACGGCGCCGGUAUCUACAUGGUCUUGGACGUGAACUCGCCGCUCUCCGGCGGCUCCCUCGACCGUACCGAUCCCCAGGGCACCUACAACGCGGUCUACUUCGAGCAGGUGUUCGGUAUCAUCGAAGCCUUCAAGAACUUCCCCAACACCCUGGGCUUCUUCGCCGGUAACGAGGUGAUCAACGAGCAGAGUGUCUACGAGGCCCCUGCCUACGUUCGCGCCGUCGUGCGUGACAUGAAGGACUACAUCGCCGCCAACGCGAACCGCUCCAUCCCCGUCGGUUACUCUGCUGCGGAUGUGCGUCCCAUCCUGGUCGACACCCUCGACUACUUCAUGUGCAACAUGGAGAACUCCACCACCUCUCGCGCCGACUUCUUCGGCCUCAACUCGUACUCGUGGUGUGGAGACUCGACCUACGUCGAGUCCGGCUACAACACCCUGGUCGAGGACUUCUCCAACGCCUCCCUGCCCGUGUUCUUCUCCGAGUUCGGCUGCAACGCGGUCAUGCCCCGUGAAUUCACCGAGGUCGCGGCCCUCUACAGCGACAAGAUGGACUCGGUCUUCUCCGGUGGUCUGGUCUAUGAGUGGACCGAGGAGGCCAACGACUACGGCCUCGUGGCGAUCAACAGCACCGACGUUGCCACCCUGCUGACCGACUUCAAGAACCUGGAGAAGCAGUACUCCAAGCUGGACAUGACCAGCGUCGAGAGCUCCAACUCCAGCCAGACCUCCAAGGAGCCCGUGACCUGCGCCACCUCUCUGAUCUCCACCACCACCUUCCUCAACUCCUGGGACCUGCCCACCGUCCCCUCCAAGGUGGCCGACUGGAUCAAGAGCGGCUACACCAACGCCACCGUCGGCUCGCUGGUCGCCGUGUCUGCCACCACCAUCCCCCAGACCAUCUACGACUACAACGGCAACAAGGUCUCCUCCGUCAAGUACAAGGUCCUGGCCAGCGACGAGUCCAACACCCCCAACAACUCGACCUCCAUCGACAGCAGCACCUCCAACGGCACCACCUCGUCCACCUCCAGCUCCAGCUCCAGCAGCGCCAGCUCCGGAUCCAGCUCCUCCAGCUCCUCCAGCUCGACCAGCGCUGCCGCUGGCCUGUCCACCUCCGUGAUGGGCCUGCUGACCAGCGCCACUCUCUUCGUGGCCUUCCUCCUGUAAAUCCGCCCAUAGAAAGACUCAUCUUCAUCUUCUUCGUUUACAUUCUUGUCUGUCUGUCUUGCUCGUUUCAAUCGAGUCGAGUCUUUUAUAGUGUUCCCGGUGAACUUGCUCUGCCUAUCAUGACCAUGAUCAUGACCAUGACCUUGACCUUGACCUUUGUUCUUCGUUUACCGUAUAUACAUUGAGGUCCUCCCUAAUAGAGUGGCACUGGCACUGGCACUAACACUGGCACUAACACUGGGCAUUUUGACUCCGGGCAUGAUUCGAUGACGUUUAAUAUAUUUCUGUAUAUACC